CUAGAAUUUUUCGAAAUGCAUCACCCAGAUUCUGCAGGGGACUCAGCAAGCCCUAGAAAAAUGGCGCACCCGACGAGUUUUGCAAGACGGGGUAGCAGCACUGCAAGUGGUUCCUCUUCAGCGUUGACAGCAUCGGGAAGUGCUAGCCUUAGCAACAACCUGAUGCCGGCAGAUGAUUAUCAGGCAUCCAUGUUGAUACAGCCGCAAGCUCCUACUUUGUCCUCCUCUGCCGGGCCUCAGCACCCUCCACAGAGCCUAAACAUCCACUCUCAAUCCACGCUGCAGCCUCAAAUCUUGCCAUCAAGCGGAGCUCAAAUGAAAAAGAAAAGUGGUUUUCAAAUCACGAGUGUUACGCCAGCACAGAUUUCUGUCAGCACCAACAACAGCAUAACAGAAGACACAGAGAGUUGUGAUGAUCUGGAUGAAUCUCACACAGAGGACCUUUCAUCUUCUGAGAUCCUGGAUGUGUCCCUCUCUCGGGCCACUGACAUGGGAGGAGCUGAGAGAAGCUCCUCUGAAGAAACUCUCAGUAAUUUACAUGAGGCAGAGACCCCAGGUGCUGUAUCUCCUAAUCAGCCCCCAAUCCAUCACGCGCUCUCUCAAGUGCACUCGCACGGCACUAUUGUUAAUGGAACUAUCCACCAUCACCACAAUCACCACCAUGGACUUCAUCAUCACCACCACUUUCACCCCACAUCCUCCGGACCCGCUCAUCUUCCGUCGGGCUCGGGUGGCACUCAGUCUGGGAUCCCGCUGGGAAGUGCAGUGUCAACCACUGUCACAUCAACAUCUGGAGCUUUACCAAAUAUGGGCCAGAAAAUGCCUUCAAACAUCGGAGGAAUUCUAGAAAAUGCCGCUGCUGGUACAGCCAGUGUUGCUGGAAAGCCUAUGGUUGCAGUUGCCCCUGGAACUACUGCUGGAAUACUUCCUGCAGCCACAGGUGCCACAAUUAAUACAGUUAAUCCCUUAUCAAGCAAUGUUAGCAAUGUCAAUAUUUUGAGCUCUGCCAGUGUGCCUGGUUUGGGAAGCAUUAGUUCCACUGGUAGCAAUGUUGUGUUGUCCACUAGUGUGAACAGUGUGAGUAACAAUAAUGUAAACUUGAUUCAGCAACAAAGUGGAAUGCUAAACACAGGUGUUGCUUUGACAGCUGGUGCCAGUGCCUCUGGUGUCGGUGGAUCCACAAGUGGGAACCAGGCUGGGUUGACUGCAGUGGCCCAGCCAUCAACUGCCAGCACCGCAGUACCAGUCUCACACGCUCAGCCCCAGCAAGCCCAGGUUCCUGCCCCUGUUACCACCAGCUCACGCUUUAGGGUGGUCAAACUAGAUUCAAACUCUGAGCCAUUUAAGAAGGGGAGAUGGACUUGCACAGAAUAUUACGACAAGGAGACUCCAGUCGCUCCCCCUACUGUGGAGAAUGCCCAGAGUACCAGGACUGUGGAGAGCAUACGCCAGUUUGUGCCUGACAGUGUGCUGGGACCUGAGCGAGAGAACGUGAGUUCUCUCAGCAGCUCAGUCAGCACUCUGAGCCACUACUCUGAGAGUGUGGGCAGUGGAGAAACAGGAGGCCCCUCUUCUGCUCAGCAGACUUUCCAGCAGCCACCCCCUCACCUGCAGGACUAUGUUGCCCCACAUGGCCUCUCUCAAACCCACAUGCACCCCAAGGAUUUUGUGCACGCACACUUGAAAACCAGUACGGCUCCCUCAUUGCAAGCAAGCACUCAGCAGCCAGCAGCUCCAUCCAGCAUUGGAGGUCUGCAGACCAGCAUCGGGCAUCCAUCCCUACCUGGGCCCCAGCAACAGCUGACGUAUGCCCAGGCAGCACAGUCAGCUCCAGCUCAGGCAUUGCCAGGUGUUGCCCAGCAACACAUGGGCUACUCAACUGCACAGCAACCCCUAACACCUUCCCAGGUACCCACGACUCACAUGAACACUUUGAGCCAAGGUAGCAGCCUGCCGCCUGACUUUAUCCAGACCUCGACCUCUGGAUCAGCUCAAACACUGCCCCAAUCACGCCCAAUCCCUCCUGUGGCUGUAGCUAGUAGCGGUCAGCUGAUGGCUCCAUCACAGCAACCUGUGGGCGCCGUGCCAACCGCGCUCUGCCAGCCACUCCCUCAAGGGCUGCUGCAGCCACAGCAGAUGUCCUCCGCCCAGUUGUCGCAGGUGUCGCCCAGCGGGGUCAUGCCACAGUUAGUACAGUCCGCGGGGACCGGGCCCGUUCAGCAGACCAAGGGACAGCAGCUUCCCGCUCAGCUCCCCGCAGCAGAACAGCAACCACAGCAUAAACCACCACUCAGCACGCCGGGUCUGGGAGCCCAGCUGCCCUCAGCGAUCGCAUCGAACCUGCUCACACUGAAUGUGCCUCCCAAUUCCCAGAGUGAUUCUCAGUCCAGCCUAGUGCAGAAUGGUACGAAGGACAGCAGAGCCCAGCCAACGACAGUCAGCAGCGCCCUACAUACCAGUCUGCCCUCUCUGAUGGCCUCGCAGCUGGAGGAUGCCCAGCGCCUUCUCUUUCAGCAUCAGUCCCUGCUCGCGUUUCCCAAGCUUGCGGCUGGUGAAAGUGCCUCCCAGACUGGUACCUCCGUGGGUCCAGAGGGGAGCAGUGGAGACAAUGCCUUAAAUGCCUCAGGCAGCCUGCUGAAAAGCCUACCUGUGGAUGGAGAGGAGGAUGGUUCUUCAGGCGCCAGUGUUGUGGCCAUAGACAAUAAAAUUGAACAAGCCAUGGAUUUAGUGAAGAGUCACUUAAUGUAUGCUGUUCGAGAGGAAGUGGAGGUUUUGAAAGAACAGAUCAAAGAACUGAUAGAACGGAACUCUCAACUGGAGCAGGAGAACAACCUGCUAAAAAACCUAGCCAGUCCUGAGCAGCUUGCUCAGUUUCAGGCACAGGUUCAAAGUGGCUCACCACCAGCGUCCACACAAGCAUCACAGCCAUCUGCCACCCCAGCCCAGCUCGCUUCACAGAACUCUGGACCCUCUGCGUAGCACAAGUUAUUCCCUGAGAGAUGAAACCAGGGCCUGAAACUGAAUACAAAUGGACUUGCGCUAAAAGAACAAGUAUGCCUCAAUGACGAGAGGAUUCUGUUAACAUUUUGCACAUAUUUAACUCUUCAAAAAAAAAACAACAAACAAACAAAAAAAAAAAACCCUUGAUGUUGUCAUACUGAGACACACUACAGACAGUCCGCUGGGCCGUCGACGGAGGAUGGACAUUGCCA